AUGGACAGCGGUAUAGAGAUCUACAUCAACCAGUUGAGCGGCGUUGAAGUCUCUGAGGAUGGCAAGACUGCAAAGAUUGGCGGUGGCACUGGGUCCAAACUUGUCACUGACACACUCUGGGAAGCUGGAAAGCAGACUGUAACAGGAACGUGCGAAUGUGUCAGCACCCUGGGCCCUGCUCUGGGAGGUGGCCACGGAUGGCUACAGGGCCACCACGGCCUUGUCUCUGACCAGUUCGUUUCCAUGAACAUUUUGCUUGCCGAUGGAACCCUACCGACCAUUGACGAGACGUCGGACCUCUGGUGGGCCGUCAAGGGCGCGGGCCACAACUUCGGUAUCGUCACAUCGGUUGAUGUUAAGAUUUAUGACAUCGAGCACCGCGACUGGGCGGUUGAGACUCUUAUCUUCAGCGGCGACAAGAACGGUACUCAAGCGGCUGAUGUUGUAAACUGGUCGUACUGGCUCAACAACCCUGAUGCUGGCCCAGAGAACGUUACCUAUCAUUUUGUUCUGGAUCAUUCAAGAGGGUGUUACGACAGUCGACCCGCCUACACCCAACCUUUCCGCGAUAUCGGCCCCAUCUCGUCAACUACUGAGUCCGGAACCUACCUUGAUCUCGCAGCAUGGACUUUUAUCGCCCUUGACUCUAUCCCUUGCCAAAAGUCUGGUCUUAACAACCCCCGAUUUCCCAUCUACGUUGAGUCAUACAAUAUCGAGGCUCAACGCAAGGCAUAUGAUCUCUUUGCGUCCUCUAUCAGGGGCGACUUACCUUUCACCAACUCUCUCUUCAUGUUCGAAGGCUAUUCAGUCCAAGGCGUUAAAGCUAUUGAGAGCGAUUCGACGGCUUUUGCUUACCGCGGCGACAACCUCCUUUUCGCCCCUCUCAUCACUUACACCCCUGGCGGUGCAGAACUCGACGAGCAAGCUGCCGCGCUGGGCAACCAACUUCGCGACAUUAUCCACGAGGGAAGUGGACGUACUGAUCAGCAUGUCUACCUCAACUAUGCAUUUGGAAAUGAAUCCCCAAAAGAGUGGUACGGUAGUGAAGAAUGGCGCCAGGACCGUCUCAAGUCUUUGAAGACCAAGUACGACCCCAACGGACGUUUCAGCUUCUAUGGACCGAUUGCAUAG